UGGUACAAUGUCAAUCAUAAUUGCAGAACAUGAACAAGCACUUGUUAAACCUGCUACUACUUACUUCCUACUUUCACAGCCAUUUACGGGCAGUACAUACAGUCCUCCUUUGCCUGAGGCAUUUCACGCCAAAGGACGCAAACGUACAAUUCUGGCGUCGACGAUGCCAAGAGUCGGGAAUGUGGGAUACAGCGGCAGGUAG